CAGUUUUCCAGCUAAGUGCACGGUGAUAACUCGAAACAGGUGAACACUUUAUGAAAAAAUUAAAAAAUAUGUCUCCACUUAUUAUAGUGGGGAUAUUAUUUAUCUCCACUGCACUAGCUGAUGUUAGUCACGUGUUGUCCGGACAAGCCCACCCUCCAGCGCACCCAGUGGACAUAAACUCCCUCUCCACCUCCAGGAAUGCUUUCCAAUCCGGCAACCCGAAUGACUUCUGGUGGAUGGCUUCGAACAGCCCCCUCAAAGAAGCCUACGACUACUUCAAAAAGUGUUCGAGCAAAGGGGACUGCCUGCCCCCGAUAAGCGUGGUCCCGGGGGUAAAAGUGGCGGAAGCCCACUUCGAUCCGAUCGACGUAAAGAAGAAUCCGUUCUUGAACGGCGAAUUCCAGUCGGGAGUAGUGACGGCUUCGUCGUCGUACGCGUCGUCUUCUUCCGGAUGCACUGCCUGCUCGAGCGGGUCGAAGUCGGGAGAUAUCGCCGCCUUCCACGCUGGUACCAAAAUCGACAUUACGAACAAUCCAUUCCUGAGCGGGAAAUUCGCCACCGCAGGUAAUGGUGAUAAAGUGAAAGACGAGAACGGCUUCAUCGGCGUACAACCAAAGAAACCAGGUUUCGCCACUAGUCACCCAUUAACAAACAAGAAGCCCUUCGCUACGUCUCAUCCAAACGGCCCCCAGUCCUUCGUUUUGGGAAGCGACGGCAGAGGAGUACAAUGCACAGGACAAGGUUACUUGUGCGUCGCCAAACGCCUCUGCGUCAACGGGGUUUUCAAUGCCACCGAAGAAUUGCAGCAAGUUAGGAACGAGAUUCAGUACUGCAAUGCAGACAUAGAAGAAUGCUGCCGCCUAACGAACGCCCCUGGCCACGUUGCCCUACCUAACAUUUCUGAAAAAUCUAGUCUGGCUGCUAAUAUCAACGGCCUAGCUGACAUCACAGCAGGAAAAAGUUCUGUUACCGGCUCUAGUUUCAAAUUCUCUGGUGGGGCUGGAUCGUCACCCGGCCAAAUUCAGGUGAUCAUCGACGAUUCUAGUGCUGUUAAACCCCAGGUUUCCCACAAUGGCGAAAGCGGAUCUCAGCCAAGUGCGAGUACAAAUAAGGCAACUAGAGACGUUACUCCAAGUGCUGCUUCUGUAUUUCCAAGCACUAUAGAUUACAGCGGUGUUCAAAUAUCAAACGACAUAAGAUUUGCUUCGACAAUUAAAGGACCAGCUUACCUCCCACCAAUCGGUCCAACUCCACCAUCAACCACGCCCGAAUUGGUAGUUCCAACACAUCCGAGCAUAAUAACCUAUCAACCUUCUGUUCCAACUUCUCCGCGUCCCAUACCAACUGUAGGACCUGCUUGUCCACUUGGAACCAUUUUAACACCUUCCGGAACAUGUGAAACUCCUAGCGUUCCAAUUCCGCAAUGUCCGUUUGGCACAGUCAGGACCCCUAGUGGUAUUUGCGAAACGCCAAUAACAUCUACAACUCCUGUAUCAUGCCCAUUUGGUACAAUAUUAACACCUGAUGGUAAUUGUGCAAGACUAAGCCCUCCGCCAAGCCCUCCACCAAGCCCUAGACCAUGUCCUCCAGGAACAUUCCUACGACCUUCUGGAUUAUGCGAAGCCCCAGGCCAGAGUUGUCCACUUGGUACUAUACAGAGACCUGAUGGUAGUUGCGAAAGACUUACUCCCCCACCACCUCCCAGAGUUUGCCCAUAUGGAGCGUUACCUGAUGGUAGCUGCAUAACGCCUAGUAGCCCUCCACCAAGUCCCAGACCAUGUCCAGCCGGAACAUUUUUAACAGUUUCUGGAACGUGUGAAACUCCCAGGCCGGUAUCAACUUCACCGCCAUGUCCACCCGGAACAAUUUUAACAUCCUCAGGACUAUGCGAGGCUCCUAUAACCCCGACCCCAAGACCAGUCUGUCCCCCGGGUACAAUUCAGGGACCUUCAGGUAUAUGUGAACAACCUGUACCAAUUACGUUGUCUACGACUCCUGGUUACGAUUAUUCACCAUCACCGUGCCCCCCUGGAACCUUUAGAUCCCCUACAGGUUUAUGCGAAACGCUUACCAUUACAACUGCAAGACCCCAAUGUCCACCAGGCACUUAUCUAACCCUUUCUGGAAGUUGCGAGACACUGAGACUGCCGACCUCUAAACCUCCGCCACGACCAUUCGAACCAACAGCCAGCAGAGAAUAUCUCCCACCUGUGACCCCAACGCAGUAUGUACCUUCAGUCACCCAAAAACCAUAUCAACCAUCAGUAACAACUGAGAAACCAUCUGUCACACAAAAACCACGAGUUACACCACUCAGUCCAUUUAAACCAUCAAUAACACCUGCUAGACCAUUCCAACCAUCUGUCACUCCACAAAUACCAAUAGAAACCACUCAAAGACCAUACUAUCCACAAUCUACUACACCUAAACCGUUUCAUCCAUCAAUAACUACACAAAGGCCGUAUCAACCAUCCUCCCCAAAAUCUCAUCCAUUUUUAACUACGCAAAAAGAGACGUCCUCCAUAGUUUGUUCAUUAGGGCAAGUACCGUCUCCGUCAGGCUAUGGAUGCAUUUACCCUUCUAGUACACCUAGACCAUCUCAACCGCCAAUUACUACUUUACGACCAUAUCAAACAUCCUCCCCAAGACCUAGCCCAUUCCUAACCACUCAAAAAGAAUUUACUGCCUCAGGAGAAUGUUCUCAGGGACAAGUACCAUCUCCAACAGGUUACGGAUGUGUGUAUCCUUCUGGUUCAUCUAGACCACCUUUUUCACAAGGUACUACAUCUAGACCGUUUGAGCCAUCUGUUACAACAUUAAGACCAUAUCAACCAUCUUCCCCAAAACCAAACCCAUUUUUAACAACUCAAAAAGUAUUUACACCUGUUACAGCGUGUUCGGAAGGACAAGUGCCAUCCUCCACAGGUUACGGAUGUAUCUAUCCUACAACGUCUAAAUCUAGCGCAUGUUUACCUGGCCAAAAAUUAUCUCCUUCUGGUAUAUGUCAGUAUAUUUCUUCAACGCCAGGUUAUGAGUAUCCUAAACCGACAACACCAUCUUUUCCUCCCUCUUCACAACCCUCGUGUGGGUUUGGUCAAGUAUUGUCUCCUUCUGGGUCUUGUGUCUAUAGUUCACAACCUCCUCCAAGACAUCCAACGUCCGGCAAACCGUCGUGUGCAUUUGGCCAAGUCUUAACUCCUUCGGGAGCAUGUAUUUAUCCCACAACACCAACCCCUACAGGUUCUCCAUCAUCCCGUCAACCGUAUUGCGCAUCUGGCCAAAUUCUAUCUUCUUCCGGAACUUGUAUUUAUCCUUCACAAUCUACACCUAGACCUAGUCAGAUUACGUCGAGACCAGUAUGCGCGUCAGGUCAAAUUCUAUCGGCAUCUGGUGAAUGUAAAUAUUCGUCAAAAUCACCUUCAGUCUCUUGCGGUCCAGGUCAACAAUUAUCACCUUCUGGUUUGUGUGAAUUUAUAACAACAACGGAGGGUUAUACAUACUCCCAACCAACGACAUUCCGUCCAAAACCAUCUUGCAAACCUGGACAGGUUCCUUCUCCUUCAGGAUAUGGAUGUGUUUACCCAUCACCUUCAAGCACAUCUAAACCUAUCACUUCUACGCCAGGAUAUGAGUAUCCCAAGCCUACAACACUACUUUGUAGACCAGGAGAAAUAUUAUCUUCAACAGGAUCGUGUAUUCCAGUUGGAUCUACCCCAGGAAGACCUGCAGGUCCUGAACCAUCAUGUGGACCAGGACAGGUACCUAGGCCUUCUGGAAUAGGUUGUGAAUAUCCCAAAACUCCUAAACCAGUGACACCAUAUUGCGGAUCCGGACAAAUAUUAUCUCCAACAGGUACGUGUAUUCCAGCUGGAUCUACUCCAGGAAGACCUACAGGUCCUGAAUCAUCAUGUGGACCUGGACAGGUACCAAGGCCUUCUGGAAUAGGUUGUGAAUAUUCCAAAACUCCUACGUCAGUAACACCAUACUGUGGACCUGGACAGAUAUUAUCUUCAACAGGCUCUUGCAUUCCAGCUGGAUCUACCCCAGGAAGACCUACAGGUCCAGAACCAUCAUGUGGACCAGGACAAGUACCUAGGCCUUCUGGAAUAGGUUGUGAAUAUCCCAAAACUCCUAGACCAGUGACACCAUAUUGUGGACCUGGACAGGUAUUAUCUUCAACGGGAUCGUGUAUUCCAGCUGGAUCUACCCCAGGAAGACCUACAGGUCUUGAACCAUCAUGUGGACCAGGACAGGUACCUAGGCCUUCUGGAAUAGGUUGUGAAUAUCCUAAAACUCCCACACCAGUAACACCAUACUGUGGACCUGGACAGAUAUUAUCUUCAACAGGCUUAUGCAUUCCAGCUGGAUCUACCCCAGGAAGACCUACGGGUCCUGAACUAUCAUGUGGGCCAGGACAGGUACCAAGGCCUUCUGGAAUAGGUUGUGAAUAUCCCAAAACUCCUACGUCAGUAACACCAUACUGUGGACCUGGACAGAUAUUAUCAUCAACAGGCUCCUGCAUUCCAGCUGGGUCUACCCCAGGAAGACCUACGGGUCCUGAAUCAUCAUGUGGACCAGGGCAGGUACCUAGGCCGUCUGGAAUAGGUUGUGAAUACCCCAAAACUCCUAAAGCAUCAACACCGUUUUGCAAACCUGGACAAAUCCUGUCUCCUUCCGGAAUCUGUAUUUAUCAUUCACAAUCUACGCCUAGACCAGGACAGAUUACAUCAAGACCAGUAUGUGCACCAGGUCAAAUUUUGUCAUCAUCUGGUGAAUGUAAAUACUCUUCCUCAAAAUCACCUCCAGUUUAUUGUGCCCCUGGUCAGCAACUAUCGUCUUCCGGUUCGUGUGAAUAUAUAACUACAACGGAGGGUUACACAUACACCCAACCAACAACAUUCCGUCCAAAACCAUCGUGCAAACCUGGACAAGUUCCUUCUCCUUCAGGGUAUGGGUGCAUUUAUCCAUCACCUUCUAGUACACCUAGACCCGUCACUUCUACGCUAGGAUAUGAAUAUCCGAAACCAACAACAUCACUCUGUGGACCAGGGGAAAUAUUAUCACCAAGAGGUUCCUGCGUACCAGCUGGGGCUACUACCCCAGGAAGACCUACAGGUCCUAAACCGUCAUGUGGUCCAGGCCAGGUACCUAGACCUUCUGGAAUAGGUUGUGAAUAUCCAAAAACUCCAAAACCAGCAACUGCAUAUUGUGGAUCCGGACAAAUAUUAUCUCCAACAGGUACGUGUAUUCCAGCUGGAACUACUCCAGGAAGACCUAUAGGUUCUGAACCAUCAUGUGGUCCAGGUCAAGUACCUAGACCUUCUGGAAUAGGUUGUGAAUAUCCCAAAACUCCAAAACCAGCAACACCAUAUUGUGGACCUGGACAGACCUUAUCUGCAACAGGUUCAUGCACGUAUUCAGGAGGAACUACACCAGGGCAGCCAGCUAGUGCUUGCGGUCCAGGUCAGGUACCUAGACUUUCAGGAAUAGGUUGUGAAUAUUCCAAGACCCCAAAACCAACAUUCCCUAGUUCAAUAACUAAACCAUCAUGCCCGUUUGGCACCAAAUUAUCUCCAGUGACAAACGAAUGUUUGACAUCGCCAAGUACAAUAUCGCCUAUACCAGGUAUUUCGUCAACUCCGCAACCCUCAUGUAGACCUGGACAAAUACUAUCUCCUACAGGUGUUUGUAUUUAUCCCUCAUCUUCUUGUAGUCCAGGUCAAAUAAAAUCUCCCUCUGGGGCAUGUGUUUAUCCUUCUGAUACAACUACACCAGCUCCGACUAGUAUCACAUCUGUAUGUGGACCAGGACAAAUAUUAUCUUCAGGCUCGUGCGUAUAUCCUUCUCAGACAACACCCACAUUUCAACAAAAAUGCAGACCUGGUCAGACACUAUCUUCAUCUGGUUAUUGUACAUCUGAACCUACAGGACCGCGACCUACAUCUACACCAGCCUGUGCUCCCGGACAAAUACCAUCUUCCUCAGGUUUUGGAUGCACAUAUCCAUCGGGUAUAACAAAAACUUGUCCAUUCGGUUCAAAAUUGUCACCUUCUGGUUCUUGCGAACCACCUCGGCCUACUGGAGGAUACGAUUACUCAAAACCCUCAACUCAAAGCUCCCCAAAACCUUGCCUAGCUGGUCAAGUUUUAGCUCCUUCAGGAUAUGGAUGUAUUUAUCCGGAAAGCACGACUCAAUCACCAGCGUGUCCUCGAGGACAGGUACCAUCUAGUUCCGGUAUAGGCUGUGAAUAUCCCAAAACACUAACACCAAUAGAAGUAACUAAACCUUCGCAGUCUUGUCCAUUUGGUACGAAAUUGUCGCCUAUUACUAAUGAAUGCAUUACUAGUGGUUAUGAGUAUCCAAAACCCUCCACUCCUUUUAUAUCGGGAUCGUCGACUACGUCAAGACCAGGGGGUCCAAGACAAUGCCCUCAAGGACAAGUGUUGUCUGCUUCAGGUUCAUGUAUUUAUUCUUCAAUUUCUACACCAUCUUGUGGUCCAGGUCAAAUAGUAUCUUCUGCUGGAGUCUGCACUUACCCCACAACUCAACCAAGUUACAAACCUUCGCAACCAGGCUUUUCAACGCCAAGUAGUAAACAGCCGUCUUGUAGACUUGGUCAAGUGUUAUCUGAUUCAGGAAUAUGCAUCUAUCCUGGACAACCAACCUCGACGCCAAGAUAUGAUUAUACACAAGCUAUAACUACUUUUAAACCUAGUUUUCCAUUUGAAAUAUCAACUUUAACACCAACAUUAAAAUGUGGGCCUGGGCAGGUACUGUCACCAUCAGGAGUUUGUAUUUCUUCUUCCAUCCAGACAGACAGACCUCAACCAAGCGCAAGGCCGUCAUGUCAGCCGGGUCAAGAAUUAUCCCAAUCGGGAAUAUGCUACUAUCCCUCAAGACCAACUUCACCAGCUAUACCCGCAACUUCCAAAGGAUAUGAUUUUCCGAGACCUACAACGCCCUUCGUACCAGGUUACACAACUGUACGACCCAGUAAGCAAUGUGGACCAGGCCAAAUUUUGUCCUCUUCAGGUGUUUGCACUUAUCAGGUUACUAAACCUUCUACGCCUUUUGAACAGGGCUAUCCAAGUCAAACAACUCCAAGACCUAUUCCGGGAAGGCAAUGUGGACCUAAUCAAGUUUUGUCUCCAACAGGAGCCUGCAUUUAUUCUCCGACUGAGACGACCAAACCGCAGAUUGGACCGAAACCAUCCUGCAGACCAGGACAGAAGUUAUCCGAAUCGGGAGUAUGCUAUUAUCCUUCGAGAACGACCCCUAAACCAUCGUGUGGUGCAGGACAAAUUCUAUCUUUGUCCGGAGACUGUAUUUAUCCCCAACAACCUACGCUGCAGCCCAUUCCAACGACAACUACAAGUUACACAUUUGCAGAUUGCGCACCUGGACAAGCUUUGUCUGCAUCAGGUGAAGAAUGUGUAUAUCAGACAACUAAACCUCGACCGACAGGUACAAAACCUUAUCCUAAAAGACCCAGGCCAUCUUGCGGGCCAGGACAAGUUCUUUACUCUAAUGGAUCAUGUAUUUAUUCCUUACAGCCAACUUCACCGGGUAUACCCACAACUUCUGGAGGAUAUGAUUAUUCGCGACCUACAUCUUUAAGACCAAGCUACACAACUAUUCGUCCCAGCACAGAUAGAGUGUGUGGAUCAGGACAAAUUUUGUCUUCCUCCGGUGUUUGUAUUUAUGAGACAACUGGACCUCGACCAAGUCCAAAGCCUUCUUGUAGACCUGGUCAAGAGUUGUCCGAAUCUGGAGUUUGCUUCUACCCCUCAAAAUCAAGCCCUAAACCAAGUUGUGGACCAGGACAAGUACUUUCUGCUUCUGGAUUGUGCACUAAUCCGUUGCAACCAACUCCCGUCUUCACCUCCACGGUACCUACUCAAGGAUAUCCUAGACCUACAACAUCUUUAAUACCUGGUUACACAACUUUAAGACCCACAACAGUUAGAGAAUGUGGUCCUAGACAAACUUUAUCUUCUUCAGGAGUUUGCAUUUAUCAAAUAACUAGACCAGGUUCGAAGCCAGCUUGUGGUCCAGGACAAGUACUUUCUGGUUCAGGAUCUUGUAUUUACCCCUUACAACCUACACAACCUAUUCCUAUUGCUCAAACAGGAUACACAUAUCCAAAGCCUUCAACACCUUUUGAAUCAGAUUAUCCAAGUCGCAAGACUGAAAGACCGAACAUAAUUAGACAGUGUGGACCUGGACAAGUCUUGUCAUCAUCAGGAAUCUGUGUUCCUAGUUCCUCCACACCAAAGCCUGGGUCCAGACCUUCCUGUAGACCCGGACAAGAACUAUCUGAAUCCGGAAUUUGCAUAUACCCUGCGAAACCAAGGCCUACAACACCUUCCAUUUCAGAAUACUCAGAUCAGACAACUCUAGGACCCACAACAAGUAGAGGAUGUGGACCGGGGCAGAUUCUGUCCUCUUCCGGUGUUUGCACUUAUCAGACAACUAGACCACAAGGUACAAAACCGUCUUGUAGCUCAGGUCAAGAAUUGUCUGAAUCUGGAGUUUGCUACUAUCCCUCAAAGACAAGUCCCACGUCAGCCUGUGGUCCAGGACAAGUACUUUCCUCUUCUGGAUUAUGUACUUAUCCUUUACGACCUACAUCACAACCUGGUCUUACUGGUAUACAAUGCAGUUCUGGUCAAAUUUUAUCACCUUCUGGAGUUUGCAUUUAUUCUUCGACGUUAACGCCUACUUCAUAUCCUUCCGGGUCAACAGUUAAACCACCUCAUGUAAAGCCUUGUGCUGCUGGUCAAACUUUAUCUCCUUCUGGAACUUGCGUUUAUCAUCCUGGACCAACACCAACCGGUUACCCUUCGGUAACAUGUGGGCCAAAUCAGAUACUAUCACCUUCAGGAACAUGUAUUUACUCUUCUGGUUCUACACCACCACCUUAUCCUGGUGCAAAACCUGCUUGUGGUGCUGGCCAGAUUUUAUCAACUUCAGGAAUUUGUAUUUAUCCACCAGGACCUACGCCAACUCCUUAUCCUGGUGCAAAACCUUCUUGUGCAACUGGCCAAGUUUUGUCUCCAUCUGGAAGUUGUAUUUAUCCCCCAGGACCUACACCAACUCCUUAUCCUAGUACAAAACCUAUUUGUGGUACUGGCCAGAUUUUAUCACCUUCAGGAAUUUGCAUUUAUUCCCCAGGACCUACACCAACUCCUUAUCCUGGUGCAAAACCUUCUUGUGCAGCUGGUCAAGUUUUGUCUCCAUCUGGAAGUUGUAUUUAUCCCCCAGGACCUACACCAACUCCUUAUCCUGGUGCAAAACCUUCUUGUGAAGCUGGUCAGAUUUUGUCUCCAUCUGGAAGUUGCGUUUAUCUUUCUGGGUCUACACCAACUUCUUAUCCUGGGGCAAAACCUUCUUGUGGCGCCGAUCGGAUUUUGUCACCUUCAGGAACUUGUAUAUACCGUCCUGGACCCACACCAACACCUUAUCCUGGUGUAAAACCUUCUUGCGGUGCUGGUCAGAUAUUGUCUCCAUCUGGAAGUUGCACUUAUCCUUCUGGGUCCACACCGACUUUUUAUCCUGGUUCAAAACCUUCUUGUGGAGCAGGCCAGAUUUUGUCAUCUUCAGGAACUUGUAUUUAUCCAUCAGGACCUACACCAACUCCUUAUCUCGGUGCAAAACCUUGUGGAGAUGGUCAGAUUUUGUCGCCGUCAGGAACUUGUAUUUAUCCUUCUGGACCCACAACUCCUUAUCCUGGAGCCAAACCUUCUUGUGGUACCGGUCAGAUUUUGUCGUCAUCAGGAACUUGUAUAUACUCUCCUGGACCCACAACAACUCCCUAUCCUGGUGCAAAACCUUCUUGCGGAGCUGGUCAAGUUUUGUCUCCAUCUGGAAGUUGUAUUUAUCCCCCAGGACCUACACCAACUCCUUAUCCUGGUGCAAAACCUUCUUGUGCAGCUGGUCAGAUUUUGUCUCCAUCUGGAAGUUGCAUUUAUCCUUCUGGGUCUACACCAACUUCUUAUCCUGGUGCAAAACCUUCUUGUGGCGCCGGUCAGAUUUUGUCACCUUCUGGAACUUGUAUUUAUCUCUCAGGAUCUACACCAACGUCCUAUCCUUCAGUUACUUGUGGACCAAAUCAAAUAUUAUCACCUUCUGGAUCAUGUGUUUAUUCCUCCAGUUCAACAGUUAAGCCGCUGCCUGGUGUAAAACCUUCUUGUGCUCCUGGACAGACUUUGUCUUCUUCUGGAAGUUGCAUUUAUCCUCCUGGACCAACAUCAACUCCUUAUCCUGGUGCAAAACCUUCUUGUGGAGCUGGUCAGAUUUUGUCACCUUCAGGAACUUGUAUAUACCCUCCCGGACCCACACCAACACCUUAUCCUGGUGCAAAACCAUCUUGCAAUGUUGGUCAGAUUUUAUCGCCUUCAGGAAUUUGUGUUUACCCUCCUGCAUCUACACCAACACCUUAUCCUGGUGCAAAACCUUCUUGUGGACCUGGUCAAACUUUGUCUCCAUCGGGAACUUGUAUUUAUCCUCCAGGACCUACACCAACUCCUUAUCCCUCGACAAAAUGCGGACCAAAUCAAGAGCUAUCACCUUCCGGAUCUUGUAUUUACUCCCCUCGUCCAACAGCUGGGCCACCCUCUAGCGAGAAACCUAUUUGUAGGCCUGGCCAGACAUUAAGUCCUUCUGGUAGAUGUAUUUCAUCACCUCCUAGUAUCCCUGAAACAACCUUACGUCCUAAACAGUGCCCUCCAGGCUCAAAGCCUUCGGCGUUUGGAUCUGGUUGUGAAUAUCCUAGACCCACAACACCAAGAACUACCACAGAAACAUUCACCGGCUAUGACUAUCCCAAACCAAAUAAACCAUUUGAUCAAAAGCCUCAGUGUCCUCCAGGGCAAAGGUUAGGUCCCUCUGGUUUCUGUGAGCCAGGAUCAGUAUUAACUACUACUCCCACGUAUGACUCUACUUCUAAAUUUACUCCUGGCCGCUCUUGUCCACCUGGUAGUAACUUAGGUCCUUCGGGUACUUGUGAAUUUACUCCUGAUCGACCCUUUCCACCAAGACCAGAUUCAGGUACUUGCCCUCCAGGUACUAUAAAAUCGCCCUCGGGAUUAUGUGAGAGCACUUUCCCACCUUCGGUAAAAUGUCCUUUCGGUACGCGUCUAAGUCCUACGGGUUCUUGCGAAACCACAUCAGGUACCCCUAGACCACCUAUAGGUCCAGGUAAAUCUUGUACACCUGGUACUUUUAAAACAAGUUCGGGUUUGUGCGAACGUCCGUCAUCUCCCACCUUACCAACCCAAAGACCUUGCCCACCUGGAAGUUCACUAUCACCAUCAGGUAAUUGCCAAUACCCAGGUCCAACUCCUACCCCAGGCCGACCUACUGACACAGGUAACCAAUUCACUCCGUCUUAUCCCACAAAAAAACCUUACAGGCCAAGUUCACCCCCAACCAGUGGAUAUCACUAUGAAACGCCCACGCCACCGUUCAGUUAUCCCUCCAGUACUCUGAUUCCCAAUUCAAAUAGCAUCAACAACCAGUUUGUUCCUCCACAAACAACUCCUCAGUAUUUGCGACCUGAUAUAGAAGGAUCAACCAUUAGGGAUGUUGUCCGAUUUCCAGAUAAACCCGAUAAUAAAGGAGAACCUGGUAACACCAUAAAUGUGUCCAUUCCACCAUCCAGACCGCCACCAUCUAAGCAAGAUCAGAACAAUGAACCACCCAUAGGUUGCGCUGCUGCCUUGAAGUGUGUACAAGAGAUUUACUGUACCGCAGAAGGUGUAGUGUCUCCUGUACCGGUAGUUCUGACUAAAGAUCAAGAAUUACUUAGAGUUCCUACUACGGAAUGCAAAGACGAAGAAACUGGAAUAAUAGGAAAGUGCUGCAGAGAUCCCAAUUACAAGGACCCAUGGCCAUCCGCGAAUUUGGUUAAUGGUGUGGAUGAUGGACAGUAUAAGGAGGACAACUUGUAUGGCCAGCGUCAAGAUAUUUUCUCAACGAAUAGACUGAUAAGGUCUUCUAAUGGCACAAGGACGAACGUUAAGCGAAACUCAGGUCCCUCUCAAGGAAGUCAGCCAUCUUGUGGGGAGCGACACAAGAAUACAAAACCUCCGGGUCCGGGACCAAUAGAUGCCAACUUUUCCGAAUAUCCAUGGCAAGCUAUGAUCUUGAGAGAUUCAAAUCGUAGUUUACUUUGUGGAGGAGCGAUUAUCAGAAGGAAUGCUGUUUUAACAGCAGCCCAUUGCGUAGAAGGCCUGGAUACUUCGGAUGUGUUGAUCAAGGGCGGAGAGUGGAAACUGGGUAUCGACGAAGAGCCCCUGCCUUUCCAAAUAGUUAAAGUCGGGGCAAUUUUGAGGCAUCCUGAUUACGUGCCCGGUUCAUAUAAAAACGACUUGGCCGUAUUGGUGUUAAGGGAGAACUUGAGGCCCUCGAAAAACGUUGGAACGAUUUGUCUGCCGGAGGCUAACCAGAUCUCGACGACGGAUUGCGUUGCGACCGGUUGGGGUAAAAGGAUUUUACAAUUACACGCUAAGGGUGCAAUAAUGCAUCACAUAGACGUGAACGUAUUGGACUCACAGCAAUGUCAACAAACACUUCAGCAAAACUUCCAAAGUUCCAUUGACAAUUAUGGGCCUCGUACCAUCUGCGGCACCUCCGACAUUGACCACUGCAAGGUCGACUAUGGAAGUGCUCUGGCUUGCCCCAACAGCCAAGGACACUAUACUUUAACUGGUAUAUACGCAUGGGACACGGGAUGUAAAGAGGAAGGCCAAAUUGGUGGUUAUGUUACUCCAGACGUGGAAUGGAUCGAAUCUACAUUGGCAAAAUCGAUCAAGGAACUCAAAAAGAUAGAAAGGGAAUAUUUGCUCAAUGCUAGAAAAUAAUUGUAAUUUCCACGAAAAUAAUUUUCAAAAAUAUUUAGAAACACAUACUUUCUAUUUUUUUACCGAAAUCUCGUUAUUUGAAAGAAAAUAUUACCUACCUUAAGCUUAAUUGAAUUGUAUAUAAAAAUAUGUGAUAGUCAGUUAUUUUGUAUGUAACAAAACUCAUUUGUCUUUAAUUUAUUAAAAGAAACUAAGAAUGCCAGUACACGUUUUGUAUCUAUUUAAUGUUAAAGCUGCCAUAUAAUAGUAGAUAAAUUUUGUACCAUACAAUUGUGUAUAGAUAAUAAAAUUUUUAUAGAAACUUUUUGUAUGUUAACUAGCUAAAAUUUAUUAGUUUACUGUGAAGAUUAGGCUAUAGUAUUUAUGUUUUAAUAUAAUAAAGUUAUUUUA